AUGGCAGCCCCCCCAGAGCCUCAGGACCAGGCCCCUGGGGAGGGAGAAGGGCUUCUGAUCGUGAAGGUAGAAGAUUCCUCCUGGGAGCAGGACGCUGCCCAGCAAGAGGACAGCAGGGAUUCAGAGGUGUGCCGCCAGCGCUUUCGGCAGUUCUGCUACGGGGAUGCGGGUGGGCCCCACGAGGCCUUCAGCCAGCUCUGGGAGCUCUGCUGCCGCUGGCUGCGGCCCGAGCUGCACACCAAGGAGCAGAUCCUGGAGCUGCUGGUGCUGGAGCAGUUCCUGAGUGUGCUGCCCGUGGGCGUCCAGGGCUGGGUAUGCGAACGAUGCCCAGGGAGUGGCGAGGAAGCUGUUGCCUUGGUGGAGGACCUACAAAAGCAGCCAGUGAAAGCUUGGCCACAGGAUGUGCCCUCAGAGGGGGCGGAACCUGAGGCUGCAGUCCAGGGAUCUCAGGCCCAGGGGCCUCCCCGGAAGGCAGGGACACAAAGCCGGCCACCUGUACCCUGGGAGCAGCACAGCCAUGAUGCCCAGCUUCCGGCUCUUCUUAAAGAGGGGAGCACCAGAGAGACGACAGGUACCUGCUUUGCCUCUGGGGGACCUGUGACAUUUGGAGACAUUCCCUUCUAUUUCUCCCGGGAAGAAUGGGGGUCCCUGGACCCUGCUCAGAGAGAUCUCUUCUGGGACAUAAAAAGGGAGAACUCCCAGAACGUUGCCCUGGGUUUGGGACUCACGAGCCACAGCGAGAGAUCCCGGCUGGAGGAGGUGGUGACGGCGCUCCCAGGCCAGGCUGCUGGUGACGUGACCGUGUCCUGGAGGCUGGAGGAGGCCGAGGCCCGGCCGGGGGUGCCCCGGGGGCGGGCAGCGGGGGCGCGGCGGGGGCGGCCGCCCACGCGCCGGCGGCAGUUCCAGGACCUGGCGGCUGAGAAGCCGCACAGCUGCGGCCAGUGUGGCAAGCGCUUCCGCUGGGGCUCUGACCUGGCGCGCCACCAGCGCACGCACACGGGCGAGAAGCCGCACAAGUGCCAGGAGUGCGACAAGAGCUUCCGCAGCUCCUCGGACCUGGUGCGCCACCAGGGUGUGCACACGGGCCAGAAGCCCUUCUCCUGCUCCGAGUGUGGCAAGAGCUUCAGCCGCAGUGCCUACCUGGCCGACCACCAGCGCAUCCACACAGGCGAGAAGCCUUUCGGCUGCAGUGACUGCGGCAAGAGCUUCUCACUGCGCUCCUACCUGCUGGACCACCGGCGCGUGCACACGGGCGAGCGGCCCUUCGGCUGCGGCGAGUGCGACAAGAGCUUCAAGCAGCGCGCCCACCUCAUCGCCCACCAGAGCCUGCACGCCAAGAUGGCCCAGCCUGUGGGGUGA